AUGCAGCCGCAGCGGGGCAGAGCCGCGGGGCUCGGCUGCCGCGGCGGGGACGAGCUGCCCCCCGUGCAGCAGAACCUCCGUUAUUACCCGCACAUCUUCUGGGUGGAUGGACGUGCCGAGACAGCGGCUCCCUGCGCCCCCGCUGUCCCCUCGGCUCCCUUCCCACCGCCCGUGCCCGACCGGAGCAGAAAACCGCGGGAUAAAGGAAGGGAACGCGGGGAAAGGAGCAGCGCCGGCUUCCUCGUGAUGUUCCUGCUGAUCCUGGUGGCCUUCACCGGAGUGGGGCUGAGCAUAUUUAAGAUUUUUCACCUGGAGAAGGAGGUGGAUGAACUCAGGGAGUCUGCCAGCGCUGAGCUCAUCCCUCCUGCAUCCUCUCAGAAACUCACAGGGCACAGGAAGGAGGCCAGGAGGGCAGCCCACGUCACAGGCAACCCAGCGCAGCAGGGGCUGCCGCUGGAGUGGGAGCCCAGCUCUGGCCAUGCCUACACCAGCGGGGUGCAGUACGAGGCGCGGGGGCUGCGGGUCAGCGAGCCGGGGCUGUACUUCGUGUACUCGCGGGUGCUGUUCCGGGGCACGGCCUGCGACAGCCCGCUGCUGCUGGCACACGUGGUGUACAAGAGGAACCCGGCGUCCCCGGGCAGCCUGGUGCUCAUGGAGGACAAGGCCGCCAACUUCUGCUCGGGCCAGAGGAUGUGGGCCCGCAGCAGCUACCUGGGCGCUCUCUUCAGGCUCAGGAGGAUGGACAGCCUGCACGUCAACGUCUCCAAAAUCGCCCUGGUCAACUUUGAGGAGUCCAAGACUUUCUUUGGUUUGUUUAAGCUUUGAAGUGGAGCGUGGCUGGCAGGCCCUUCACACACACACACACACACCCCCACACGGAUGUGUGAGGGCUGGGAGCGGCCUGGGCACCACCAAACCCACCAGAAACCAUGUUUGGACUUCAGCACGAGGGGAUCCAAGCAAUGGGAAAGCACCAGGGCUGUGCUGCAUCGGCCUGAACAGAAUUGCACGUGUUCUCCUUGCAAAAACCCAACAAACUCAGGAUGUGGCGUGCUGCAGACCCUGCUGGAACUCACUACCUGCUGCCUGAGAAGAUGGUGGGACCUGCCGCUCCCUGUGUGGCACAGACUGCUGGGGACAGCUGGGGGUGUUCAGGAGGCGCCUGGGUGAUGCCAUGACACCACAGUGGUGUGGGAUGAGCAGUGUGAACGAUUGCUCCUCCUGAGACAUGGCUGGCACUGCCCAGCACUGGCACUGCUGUCCCCCCUGCCAGCUGGGCUGGGACAGGGGCUCUGCUCAUCCUCUGUAAGCUAUGGACCGUUCCCAGCCCCGGAAAUGCUCCUCAACCUCUUUAUUUAACUCAUCCCAAGUGCCUUGCAAGGAAGGUGCCAGGAGCAGCAGUGCCCUGGGGGGUGUCCCAGACGUGGCAAUGUGAGCAACCAUGGUGUGGGGGUGCUGGGGUGCCCAUGGGCUCUGCAGGGCACUGGGGCUGGAGGUGAAAGCAGCACCUCAAGCUCUCUCCCGCCCCUUCAGCACAUGAGGGCUCCCCAUGGGGCUGCUCUGCCACCCCAGUCCUGGCGACACUGGCACUGUCAGUGCAUGGCUUUGCCGUGGGAUGUUCCCACCUGAGAAAAACACAGAUGGUAAAUAUAUAUUUUUCUAGUGAGUGGUGCUGUCCUCUCCUCAUUUGGUGCUGGGCUAUGGCAAGGCCUCUGUGAUCAGGGCUCAGGGCCCCAUUCCUUCUCCAGCAUGGCAGAAACCUGGGAGCCUCUUCCUGUGGUGUUUGUGGGGUCCCCAGGAUGAGGUGAGAGAUGAGAA